CUAUGAGAAGUCAGACACGCACAGGUUUGAGGUACCCCGAAUGCUCUCUGAAGACUUAGAAGCCCUGGAGAACUACGUCAACAAGAUGAAAGACAAGAGCCUGUGGAAAUGGUGGGCACAGUAUCUGGAGAGCCAAUCAGAUAUGGAAUCUGCACUAAAAUACUACGCGCUGGCUCAGGAUUAUUUUUCCCUAGUCCGGAUCCACUGUUUUCAGGGCAACAUUCAGAAGGCUGCUGAAAUAGCAAACGAAACGGGGAAUGGGGCAGCCUCAUACCACUUGGCCCGCCAGUAUGAGAGCCGGGAUGAAAUCAAGCAGGCCGUGCACUUCUACACCAGGGCCCAGGCGUUCAACAACGCCAUCCGCCUCUGCAAGGAGAACAAUUUAGAUGAUCAGCUGAUGAACCUGGCUCUUCUGAGCUCUCCAGAAGACAUGAUGGAGGCAGCCUGCUAUUAUGAGGAGAAGGGGGAGCAGAUGGACAGAGCUGUCAUGUUAUACCACAAGGCAGGACACUUCUCCAAAGCACUGGAGCUUGCCUUUGCCACGCAGCAGUUUGGGGCCCUACAGCUAAUUGCUGAAGACCUGGAUGAGAAAUCAGACCCUGCUCUGCUAGCACGCUGUUCGGAUUUUUUUAUUGAACACGCUCAGUAUGAGAAGGCAGUGGAGCUGCUGCUAACAGCCAAAAAGUACCACGAAGCUCUGCAGCUUUGCCUGAAGCACAACCUGACGAUCACGGAGGAGAUGGCUGAGAAGAUGACGGUCUCUAAGGACUCCAAGGACCUCUCUGAGGAGUCCCGUAAGGAGCUGCUGGAGCAAAUUGCUGAUUGCUGCAUGAGACAAGGCAAUUACCACAUGGCAACAAAGAAAUACACGCAAGCAGGAAACAAGUUAAAGGCUAUGAGGGCACUGCUGAAAUCUGGAGAUACCGAGAAAAUUGUCUUCUUUGCGGGAGUUUCCAAACAGAGAGAGCUUUAUAUCAUGGCAGCCAACUACCUCCAGUCACUGGAUUGGUGUAAGGACCCCGAGAUCAUGAAGUACAUUAUCAGCUUCUACACUAAAGGCAGGGCCCUGGACCUGCUGGCAGGUUUCUAUGAUGCAUGUGCUCAGGUGGAAAUCAAUGAGUAUCAGAACUACGAGAAAGCACACGGAGCACUUACAGAAGCAUACAAGUGCCUUUCAAAAGCAAAGACCAAAAGCCCCCUGGACCAGGAAAGCAAACUGGCACAUUUGCAAAGCAAGAUGACCCUGAUGAAGCGAUUCAUCCAUGCUCGGAGAGUUUACUCUGAAGAUCCCAAAGAAGCAGUCAGACAGUGCGAGCUCCUCCUCGCUGAACAGGAUUUUGACAGUGCCAUCCAUCACGGCGAUGUCUUGGGAUUUCUGGUUGAACACUACGUACAAGCAGAGGAAUUCCAUACGGCUCACCGGUACCUGGAAGAGAUGCAGAAAAGAGUUCCACCCAUGCAGCUGGGCUGCUACGUGACACGGCAGAGCAUUGAGGCCGUUCUCCGAGGAGUAGGCAUUCCUACCCUGGUUCCAGAGCAAAUUCACCACAGCAGUGUGGAGAACAAGGAGGUGGAAGAAGAAGUGGCUGAUGAAGUGGAGGACGCCUGA